AUGGCGGCGAAUAUGCGAGUGCGGGUGUCACUCUUCAGUUCUUCUUCUUCAUUCCGGUAUUUUUUACGAUCUAAUGCCAUUUUGAGUUUGAAUGCAAUUCUACCAUCCAUCUCUAUUAAAGAGAAGUCUACAAAAGCUAGCGAUGAUGAACAGCCACAAACUUUGGUUCCUCAAGAGGUCGAAUUCGGCCGGACAGUCCACGUUGGAAAUCUUCGACAGAGUACGAAAUCCGAUUUAAUUGAUUACUUUUCCAAGUAUGGCGAGAUUGAGAAGGUAGAUUUGAUGCUUACGAAGUUCUCUCGUUUGCCCCGAGGAUUUGCUUUCGUGACAUUUUGUGAAAAGGAAAGUGCGAAGAAAGUUCUCGCCAAUAGUCAUCCAAUCGUUGCAGGAGACAACAUAACUGUAAACCCACUAAGGACCGAAAAGAAGCUUCCCAAGCACACAAACAAAGAUUUAGUAGUGCUUGUGACCAGUAUUUUGAAAACAACGAGUAAAAAAGCGAUCGAAAGCCAUUUUUCUCAAUUCGGGAAAGUCAAAAAUGUCAUUCUUGCUCAGGAGGGAAAAUCGGAUGGUGAGUUAGACAAAUAUUAUGUUGCACUGUCGUCGAUUUCUGAGGUGAAGAGAUCCCUUGAAGAGCCGACGCAGAGAAUUGCUGAACAAGAUAUCGACUCCAAGGUGAUGGCAUUUUCAGAUGCUGAGCAAGUUUUACAGCGUUCCUCAAAUCUUUUUGUUCGUUCCUUAGAAGAUAAUGUAUCCGUGUAUAGUUUGAGAGAGUACUUUCAAAACUUUGGAGACGUAGAAUCCGUGGAAGUUUUUUUAGACAGUCCUAAUGUUGGGGACUCUUUAACUGUGGCAUGUGUUCACUUCUCUAAAGAAUCUACGAUGGAUAAAUUUCUGGAGAGGGAAGAUCAUGUUAUAAAUGGCAUGCGAUUUGAAGUUUUAAAACGUAGAAGUGUGCUUCCCUGGACAAGAACUAACCGGCAGAGAAUAUCAGUGGAGGGCUUGCCCCUGUCAAUUGGGAAGCGGGAUGUUCAGCAAUUCUUCAAAAAUGUAAUUGAAUUAGACAUACAAAUUGUCUUUUUCAGAAAAGAUUCUCUAAAUGGAAAAGUUCAUUGCAUUAUAAGAUGUAUAAACCCCAAGGAUGUGACAAGGAUCCUGGCCAAAAAAUAUGCACAAUUUCAAGAAGAAAAAUUACAUUUUAAUCCCCUUGUGUGGAGCAAGAGUAGACCUGAUUGAAAACUUAACCUUUAACUCCCAAGAUCUGAUUGUUAAUUCUCCCUUCUUACUGUAACACAUUUCCUUGUGAAUCAGUUACAAGAAUUUGGUGUUGGAUUAAGACACCAACUUCAACUUGAUAAAUUUGAGUAUUCUCGUUACCUGUUUGCAGGAUAAUGUAUGGAUAUUAUAGGGAGAAGUUACAUGUCAGUCACUUCUGGGGAAUUAAAGAGUUAAGUAACUGAAAGUAGAUAUUGUUGGCUUCAGAGAAUCUAUUUUUCAAGUGAGCAUUUACAAAGGGAAAAAAUACUAUGACCCUUUUAUUCUGAGGAGUAAUCCAUAUGUAAAGUAAUAAGAGGAAAGAAAAGUAUAACCAGUUUAGAUUGAGAUUCUCGCAGCUUAAAUCCUAAGAAAUUGUGGCACACAUUAUGGAAAAUUGACACUGAACAGUGCUCCAACCUGUGAACAUUUUGGUAACCAUGGCAAGUGAACAUAUUUGGGGACUAAAAUUUAAACAGAUGUUGUCAGUUGGCGACCAACAGA